AUGCCCCUCAUCCAACUCCAGCCCCAUCCCUUCACCUCCAUUCCUGCCCACCCGUCCUUCCCCACCGAUCUCUCCCGCCCCGAAUUACACCAAUUCAUCCACACCGCUCUCCACGAAGCCUUGGAGCUUCUCCACUCCAUCCCAUCCACAUUCGUCGCAGACCCCAAACUUCGCUCCUCCCCGCCAUCACAAGCUAAAGUCAAGCUUCUGCGAGGAUGGCGCAAUCCUUCGGAGCCAAGCACGAAACCAACGAAUCCGAAAGACAAAACCAAGUCUGAAUUCUGGGCAUGUCGCCAAACCGAACAUGUCGACGCGAGCGCCGAGGGCACCGCGUCAUGGCGGGAGUUCGAGGACGGACUGAAAUCAGAACAUGCUGAGCAUGAAAUGGAGUAUACACGCAGCGUCUCCGCCGUGGAGCGAUUGCUGGAAUGGGCGCCGCAAGAUGUCGGGGAAGUCGAGGUGGACGGGAUCAGGUUUCGAGAUGUGAAUAUGGAAGUCAACCUGAUAACACACACCUUCCAACCCUCGGCCCUGAUAGCUCCGCGCAGCUUUAUCUCUCUCACCAUCUCCGCCGCGCACGAUGACCUUCCUCCCCAGCCACCCCAAACCCAAGGAGAGCACCCACCCCCGCGCAAGGGCUUUCUAAUCGUCCAAAUACCCCUGCACCAAACAUCAUCAUCUACGCCACAAGCCCUGCAGCAGAAAAUCAGCUCCUCCGUGCCGAAGCGCACGAUCUUUGCCAAUUACGUCAGCGUAGAGCACGUCACGCUGCUGCCGCCAUCGUCAUAUUCAUCUUCAUCUUCAGCCCAGGCUCAGGACUUCUCCGGGAAGCCCAAGUCGCGUGUCGAAUGGACGAUGGCAACCACUGCUGAUCCUGGGGGCUCUAUUCCGAAGUGGGUCCAGCGGAAUUUCACGCUGGGCGGGAUGCCGCGUGCUGUCGUUGCAGAUGUGGGGUUCUUUAUUGGGUGGACAAUGCGGCGGAGAGGUUCAACUUGA